GAGGAGGAAGGAGGAGAGGAGGAGGAGGAGGAGGAGGAGGAGGAGGAGGUGUGCUUUGCUGCCAGCACUGACCUGGCGCACACUCCACCGCAGCUAGCCGUCGGUGGAGAAAGUAGGGGCCGCGGGCACACUAAAAGGUGCUACUCCCAUGCCCACUUCCACUGGUGCCGAGCUCUUCGCAAGCCCCAGCCUGAACGCGCCACAGCGGUGCCACGGCGGCGUCCAGGGUCAGCUUCAGGGGGACCCGACUCGUUCUCGCAUGCUGCGCACGAGCGCGUCGCGCCUCUCCAGCCAGCUCGCGCUGUGGAUGAGGAGGAGGAGGAGGAGGAGGAACAGGAAGAGGAGGAGGAGGAAGCGAGAGCGUGAGCUGGCACGCUGAAGCUUGGCGGAUAGUAGGCUAGAGCACCCCCUGCCAGCGCGUUCUCGCCUCUGUGGCGCACACACUGCAUCGGCACGCCCGCUGGAAAAGGGAAGCGCUGGAGUGGAAGCCCAAGACCCUGGAGGGAAAGCAAGCAUUCAAGCAAUAAACCCCUAAAGUAGACGCAUGCGAUGAUGGGUCAUGUCUCUUGCGAGAACAAAUGUAGGGGCGCAUGCGCCGUCCAUACCUAAUCACAGGACUUCUGCGGAUCCCCCGGACCUCUGAGAGGUGGUGAUUACAGCGUCGGGGGGGGCACGAGCAGCGCCUGCGGGGAAACGAGCGCCAUCGAAAAGUGGCGCGGGGAUGGGCCGACGGGGCGGGAGGCCCAGCGAGGCGCGAGCCCCCCCGCCCGCACUGGCGCAAGGCCCACUGCUCGUGUCGGAGCAGGGCGAGUUGAGGCAGUAGCCGCUCAAGAUCGAUCCAUGGCCCCCUCUCGGGGGGGUCCAGUCCAGGGCGAAGGUGCGCAGACAAGGUGCCGAGGUGCCGAGCUCGUGAGCAGGAGGGGCAAGCAGAAGACGAACGGCGGACCGAUCCGCAUGGCACUGCGCCAGUUGGAGAGGGGGUCGGAAGCCGACGCACACAGCGAGAGCGUGAGCUGGCACGCUGAAGCUUGGCGGGUAGUAGGCUGGAGCGCCCCCUGCCAGCGCGUUCUCGUCUCUGCAACCCAAACUGCAUCGGCACGCCCGCUGGAAAAGGGAAGCGCUGGAGUGGAAGCCCAAGACCCUGAAGAGAAAGCAAGCAUUCAAGCAAUAAACCCCUACAGCAGACGCAUGCGAUGAUGGAUCAUGUCUCUUGCGAGAACAAAUGUAGGAGCGCAUCCGCCGUCCAUACCUAAUCCCAAGACUGCUGCGGAUCCCCGGAAUAUCUGGAAGGUGUUGCGACCGCCCCCGACUGCUCGGGAGGCCUGUUGCGGCCAGCUGGGACGACCUGGGCCCCGCGUCACACUACGCCGCGCCUUCGUCUGGCCGCGGUCGGUCCGCGCGACCGCGGGGCGGCGGCUCAGCCGGGCAGACCAGGCGCGAGGGCGCCGGCGACCGUCUCCCCGUCGGCGGCGCUGCUGAGCCGUCGGGCGUCGGGCAGGACCGCGUCGACCCCGCCGGAGGUCCUGGGGCCCAGCCUGCCCGCCCGAUACUCCGCCACCAGCUGGCCGUAGACGUCCGUCAAGAGAGCGGAGGGUCCGGCCCCGACCCUGCAGCGCUCGGCCCCACCGAGGGUCAAGAAGCGCAUCGAGUCGCCGUCGGGCGAUGCCUGCAGAAGCAGCGGUGGAAGCAAGUGCGCCGCGUAGGUCAGGCCCCCCACCAGCGCUGGGAGGUCGCACUGCCCACCAGUAUUCCGGCCGCAGGCCAUGGCGGUGCCGUCGCUCCUGAGCAGGGCCGUGUGGCCGUCUCCAGCGGCAACCUGCGUGUAGGUCAGGCCCCCCACCAGCGCCGGGAGGUCGCACUGACCGUGAGCAUUGCGGCCGCAGGCCAGGGCGGUGCCGUCGCUCCUGAGCAGGGCCGUGUGGUGGUCUCCAGAGGCAAACAUCCGCGAGAAGCUGGGCGGCGGCAGCGCGAAAGCAGGGCGAGACGCAGGAGCUCGGCGCGCGGGGCGAGCGGCUCGAGUCGGG